GUGCAGGGCUGGGGGCCAAGAGGAUGGCCCGGUCUCCCACUGCAGUCUGUGGACUCCUGGAGAGAGAAACAAUAUCACGGGUGGAGGUGAGGGGUUCAGACCCAGAAGCAAACCUCCCCGGGGCCCCGCACACGCUGCGCCUUUGAAGAGAAUCCAUCCGAGGUCCAGACACCCUCUGGUAGCCCUGGUCAAUGGUCCCUGCUUCCACGCCCGUCCUGGCCUUGGGAGGCUCUGAGGCUCUGAGGGGCCUGCGGGCUGGGGUGGGGCAGAGAAGCCAGCUGUAGUGACACCCUCGGAACCCAGGAACACCAGGGAUUCCUUAUCUGCCAAGGACACCAAGGCAGAGCGGAAGACACAAGGACCUGCCUGUCCGGCGGCCCUGUCAUGACAAGAUGGUUACAAACAGUGAGUCUCUGUUACCCUACUACACGGCCCAGAGUGGCUCUGGGACCGGCAUGUUCAACACCACCAUGGGGAAGCUGCAGCGGCAUCUGCACAAGGGCGAGUACGACAUGUUCAAGUACGCCCCGAUAUUCGAGAGCGACUUCAUCCAGAUCACCAAGCGGGGAGAGGUGAUCGAUGUGCACAACCGCGUGCGCUUGGUGACCGUAGGCAUCGCCUGCACCAGCCCCACCCUCCUGAUCCCCGACGUCAUGCUCCUGGCCCGGCCGGCCACCAACUGUGAGGAGUUCGAGGGGCUCCGUCAGGCCCCCAAGGGGAAGGGCCGCAAGACCACAAGGCCCUUGGAGCUCACCAGGCUUCUCCCCUUGAAGUUGGUAAGGCUCUCCGUUCACAACCGUGAGAAACAGCAGCUGCGCCUGAAGUUCGCCACGGGCCGGUCUUGCUACCUGCAGCUAUGUCCUCCCCUUAACGCAUGCGAGGACCUCUUCCUCUACUGGGAGAAACUGAUUUACCUCCUACGGCCGCCUGUGGACAGUAACAGCAGCACCUAUGCCACCCCCGCCGAGGACAUACUGUGCAUGCCUGCGCUGGCCGAUGAGGACGGGACAAGCCUGGCCACCCCGGACUCCCAAAGCAAAGGUGACCAGGACCAGGUCAGCAUCCGGAGUCUCCAUGCGGCCCCUGAGAUGACAAGGGCUGCCUCUGCUGCUUACGCUGGUGGGGAGGGAGUCCAGCCUGCCUCUCACAAAUCCAUGGCUACACCCAAAGUAUCCACCUCAAAAACAAGAUUCGCGGAGUUCACCAAAGGGUCAGCACUAGGGACAAAAACAGAAGCAGUGGCAGGUGGGGCGACAGCGGCAGCAGGGACGGUAGCGGCAGCAGGGAUGACAUCAGGCACCUUGAGUGUGGCUGCAACCAAGUCAGGCUCCGGACAGGUGAACGCAGCCUUGGCAGGGGCGGCUUCCAUAAGGGAAGGAGGAAGCAAAAUCCCUAAGGCAGGCGCUGGCAAGACACCCUCCAAAAGCCUGAGUGUUGCCUUAGCAGGUGCUGUGAGCCAAUUCUCAGAGCCUGGGUCCCCCCGCUUCUCCCCAGAGGGCAGCAUGAGCGCCGCAUUUGCAGGAGGAGAAGCCACCAUCAAAGAUGCUGGGAAAGCACCCAGCACCCCAGCCCGGAGUAAAAGUCCCGUCGGUGCAGAGGCCAGACAGCAGGGCGUUCCCCUGGCCACAGAGGCUGCCCUCAAGGAACGACGGGAAAGAAAGGAGAGGAGAGAGAAGGACCGAGCCAGCAGUAAGGGUUCCUAUCGCCACAGGACGCGUGAAGGUCCCCGCAAGACAUCAAGGGACAAGAUGGCCCGAAAGUCAUCCAGUCGGUCCUUAUCUGGCCACAGAACACACAGAGCCAAUAAAAAGGAAAAAGGUAGCCACCGCAGUGCCAGGGGCAGCAGGCACAGCCGCGCCCCCAAAGACAUCGGCCGCACCACCACUGAGAAGGAGUCCAGGACCUCGCACAAAUCCGGGAGGAGCAGCUUUUCUGCCAUGAGCUCAGGUUCCUCACCCAAGAGACUCAGCAGGAUCAGCUCUUUCCUGAGGAACGUCAGGGCCAACCUCAGCACAAAGAGGGUAGUCUCACCGCGUGGUGACAGUGUGGAUGUGGUGGCCAAGAGAGUGGAGAAGACCAACUUGGAGGCCAUCGUGGAGACGGCAGAGAGUGGGCAGGGAGUGGAGAUCAUUGGUUCUGUGACAUCCGAGGCCAUGGAGGGGGCGAGCCUGGAAGCCCAUUAAACAGCACCCAGAGCCGGAAGCCCCAAAGGGCCCCAACAAGCACCCCAAGAGAGCCUAUUCUAGCUUUCUUUACUCCAGGUGAAAUAAAGAACUAUUCAACCUGA